GCUCGAGCGCCAGACCCGGCGAUCCCUGCAUCCUUCCCGCUCGCUGCUCCAGGUGGCCCUGAGGGCGCACAGGCCAGGGGAGCCCCCAGCAAAGGAGGCGGAGGGAGAGCAGGUCUUCGGGUCCCAGUGUCGCGGCGGCGCACUCGCGGCGAGAAUCGGGAGGAGGAGCAGACAGCAAGGAUAGGCCCAGGAGCAAUGGCGUCCAAAGAGGAACAAGCAGUAAAAAAUCUCAACAUGGAAAAUGCCCAACAGGAAAACGAAGGAGAGAAUGAGGCCCCUGUGCAAAAUGAGGAGGAACCACGCAAUUUGGGAGGAGGCGAAGCCCAGAAGCCUGGAGGAAAUGUCAAGCUGGGGUGGGUUAAGCGACUUGUCCCUAAUUUUAGAUGGGCCAUGUCUAACAAACGUGUUGAUCACAAUGAAGUGGGAGAUGAUGCAGAAAAGAUCGCAAUGCAGCGGAUGGAAAUCAGGAGAAAGACUAGGGAGCAGCAAAUGAGACAUGAUAAGCGCUUCCAAACUCCUGAACCUGAUAAUCAUUAUGACUUUUGCCUUAUACCUUGAAUCCUAAGGUUUUUCCCUGAGGUUAAUAAUGCGGCCUCUGCUUGAAAAGCUAGUAGUUUUGUGAUUUACUUUUCAACAGGCCUUUUAGUGUUUCCUCUUAAUAGUUUCUAAUCGAAUAUUAUUUUUCUCUCAGUGUAAAACUCUUUGUCCAGCAGGACAAUUUCACCCAGUUUUUAGAAAAAAAAUAUUCUUUUCAUGAUGUGAAAUUAAUAAAGCAGUUUAAAAAAUCAA